GUGUCUGCUGGGUGUGACCUCGGGUCAGGGGUUAGAGGUGAAGAGGUCAGAGUAAAGGUGUCAACUUCGCACUUCGCAGGUCACAGAGGAUAGCCGGACUGGGUAACCUGGUCAGCUGCAGAAACCUGUCUACACUACAGAAGGCAUGGAGAAACAGGCACAGAAGAGUGUGGCCGUGGUCGGAGGCGGGCUGGUUGGAGCUAUGAAUGCCUGCUACCUGUCCAGCAGGGGCUUCAAGGUGGACCUGUACGAGGCCAGAGCAGAUAUCCGUACUAUGGAGGUCGUACGAGGUCGCAGCAUCAACUUGGCGCUGUCCUGCAGAGGGAGGGAGGCUCUGAAGAAAGUGGGGCUGGAAGAUCAGGUUGUUGAGGAUGGCAUCCCCAUGUAUGCCAGGAUGAUCCACGAUCUGAACGGGACCCUGAGACCAAUACCUUACGGCAAGUCAGACCAGUACAUCAUGUCAGUGGACAGGAGGAAGCUCAAUGAAACACUCUUAACAGCUGCAGAGAAGAGGCCUGACGUCACCCUGCACUUCCAGCACAAGCUCAUGAGCUGUGACCUUGAGAAGGGCAGGUGGCUGAUCAUGCAUUUUACCAACCGUUGGGACAGGAACGGGGGAGAGGAUGUGGAGGUGAGGACAGACCUGAUCAUGGGGAACGAUGGGGCGUACUCUGCCAUCAGGAAACACAUGGUGAAGAGGCCCAGGUUCAACUACAGCCAGGAGUACAUCCCGCACGGGUACAUGGAGCUGACUGUACCACCUCAUAAUGGGGAGUUCGCCAUGGCUGUCAACUAUCUCCACAUCUGGCCCAGGAACGAGUACAUGAUGAUUGCUCUGCCAAACCAGGACAAGUCCUUCACCCUGACCCUCUUCAUGCCCUUCGACAUGUUUGAUCAGCUGAAGACGGGAGACGACGUCCUGCAGUUCUUCCUGGAGAAAUUCCCAGAUUCUGUCCCGCUGAUCGGAGAGGAGAGCCUGAAGGAAACCUACUUCAGACUACCUCCACUGCCGCUGGUUUCUGUCAAGUGCUCCCCGUAUCACGUAUCUGACAAGGCAGUCAUCAUGGGAGACGCCGCACACGCCAUGGUGCCCUUCUAUGGGCAGGGCAUGAACUGUGGGUUUGAGGACUGCCUGGUUUUUGAUGAGAUCCUAGAGGACCUUAACAAUGAUCUAAGUAAAGCACUUCCAAAGUUCUCCGUGUAUCGAUCACCCGACGCCCACGCCAUCUGCGACCUGGCCAUGUACAACUAUAUUGAGAUGCGGAAGUCAGUGAACUCCAGGUGGUUCCUGAUGAGGAAGAAGGUGGACAGCUUCCUGCACGCCAUCAUGCCCAGCAUCUUCAUCCCCCUCUACACCAUGGUUUCCUUCACCAGAAUCAGGUACCAUGUUGUCAUCAACAAGGCAAAGAAGCAGGAUGUGCUGGUUGACAACUCUAUCCAGGCACUGAUGGGCCUGGCAGCCGUGUGAGGGGGGUACCUCGCUGCCGUCGCCUUUAGUCGUCACCUCAGCAUCAACAGCCUCACAGACUGGCUCCAUAACAUGGCCGAUCAUAUACUCAAGUAGCGUUUCCGUCAAUAGUUUCAUCAAGUUUUGUAAUCAACUGAACAUACUAGAAGUUUCCUUACACAAUCCUCUUUUAUUCUUCCAUCUGUGGAUGCUUCAAGGACUUAUCUGUUGUCUUCAUUAGUGCAUCAUGAACUCUUCAUUAUACACUGAUGAAGACGACA